AUGGCUCACUGGUUUUCAUUUUCAUCCCUUGUCCUUGCACUGACUCUCACAAGCUUUUUCACCGGUCUCACAGCUCGUCGCGAUCUUCUUCAAUCAACACCAGCGACUCAGCCACCGGUUACAACAACGUUUCCACCUCUUCCCCAAACCACAUUGCCUCCUUCUCCUCUUCCUCAACCCACGGCGUUUCCACCAUUACCGAGCACACAAGUACCUUCUUCGCCUAACCCAACACAACCCAAUAAUAUCCCAAACUUGCCACAAAUCAACAUCCCUAAUUUCCCAAUUGAGAUUCCAGACAACUUCCCGUUUAAUAUGCUUCCCACCAGCAUUCCUACAAUUCCAUUCUUCACUCCACCACCUUCCAAAUGA